CUGUGGAGUCGUCUUCACAAAGAGAAAUUAGCAACCAACAGCUCGGAGAUAUUAGCCAAGUCAGAAGCCAAGACACAUCACACGUGCAUGGACACAGUAAUGCAAGAGCAUAUAGGCAGGUACAUGGGAUGCAACAAUGGCGUCACUGCACUGCCACGCGCACCUGCCACUGUUCAGGGAUUCCUUGGAGUGGCAUUGAAGGCUCCUAGCUGAGCUGACCGUGUACGUUCCUGCCUCUGCCUGCCUACCGGCGCCAAUCCUUGUAUCUCACAGCCUUCACAGCUUUCUCCCACCAAAGAACACUAUCCUCUGCUCUCCCACCAUCGAUCCAUUCCCUCCCCUUGAAAUGGUUUGAUGCCUGCAGCCAUGUCCAGUCUCUCUAGACGACUCCUGCUCUGCCUCUUCUUGAUCGCAUGCUUCGCCGGUCUUUUAUUCUCGAUCACCGGCAAUGGCAAGAAGAGGAGGGAAGCUGGUAAUGGCCAUGCAAGGUUCAGAUUGCUGCGUGAUUUUAACACUCUCGGUCUGAAGCAGAAGCAGAAGCAGCAUCAUGGUCAUGGAGUCUCUCCAGCCCCAGCUCCGGCUCAUGCUCACUUACCUCUGCUCCACAAGGACGCGCGACUCCCGGUCCACGGAAAAGUUGUCCACAACCACGAGAGAGGAAAUGCCACCGCGCAGAGCCCGCGCGACGGGGGAGGCGAGCACGGAAGUAAAAAUACAAGCACGCAGCUGGUCGCUGUUGCCGCGGCGGCGGCGUUGUCCGGGGCUGUGCUGGUGCUCCUUGCCGUCCUGGUAGUGUUCCUGACGUGCAAAAGGUUUCAGGGGAGGCGCGGGGGUGCUGACCUCAACGGCACCAACAAGGUGAGCUUCGAGCCGGGCCCGGGCCUGCUCUACCUGGACACCAUCAAGCCGUACCUCGAGGCCGGCCACGACGACGGCAGAGGAAAGGCACCGCCGGAGAUGGCCGGGCCGAAGCAUGACGAACCCAAGUGCGAGGGGGAAGGCAGUGGAGGUUGCUCCGACGAUGGCGCCGAGUCGGUCCACUCCUCGUGCUGCUUCCAGUCGUCGCACUUCUCCUACUCCGAGCUACGGGACGCGAAGGGCAGCCAAGCCGACGGCGUGUCGCCGUCGCCCUCCGGCCAGUCGAAGCGGCGGAGCUCUGCCCCUACGACGCCUUCAGAUAAGAAGGUUGCAGAUCCGUAUUCGCCGCUGUGCCCGCGCACGCCGAGUAAUGAGGACCGGGGCCGCCGCGCACACUCCCCGAGCUCAUCGGUGACCGUGUCGACAGCGCAGCUGCUCAAGGAUCAUGAGCUCCAGGGAACUUGUCAACCCGUCAAGUCUCUAAAAUUUGAAAGCGGCAGCGCCUGUCACGUAAAAGAAGCAGAAGCAGAGGCGGACACCGUGAGCUCGGAUGCAACAGGUAGCAAUACGGUGCCGCCGGUUCCGCCUCCGCCGCCGCCGGUGGUAAAACAGCAGCAAAAUAUUCAGACAAGUUGUGGUGGUCCGGCCAUUCCCCUACCGCCGCCGCCGCCGCCACUUCUAGUCCCGCAACAAAAUAAUGUUCAGAGGAGCAGUGGGCCCGGCCUCCCGCCGCCGCCCGCGCCGCCUGGUCUGUUCAGGCAGAGCGCACCGGUCGGCAAGAACGGCGCGCCGCUGCCCAAGCUGAAGCCGCUGCACUGGGACAAGGUACGUGCCGCGCCCAACCGGCGGAUGGUGUGGGACAGGAUCCGAUCCAGCUCGUUCGAAUUGGACGAAAAGAUGAUCGAAUCGUUGUUCGGGUACAACGCCGCGAGGCGCUCGGCGAAGCACGAGGAGGCCCAGAUCUGGAGCCCCUCGCUAGGGCACCACGUCCUGGACCCCAAGAGGCUGCAGAACAUCACCAUCUUGAUGAAGGCCUUGGACGCCACUGCCGAGCAGAUCUACGCCGCUUUGCUGCAGGGGAGCAGCUUGUCGGUGCAGCAGCUGGAGGCGCUGAUCAAGAUGGCACCGACCAAGGAAGAGGUCGACAAGCUCUCGAGCUACGACGGCGAUGUCGGCAGCCUGGUCCCGGCCGAAAGGCUCCUCAAGGUGGUGCUCACGAUACCGAGCGCGUUCGCGCGCGUCGAGGCCAUGCUGUACCGGGAGACCUUCGCCGACGAGGUCGGCCACAUCAAGAAGUCGUUCGCAAUGCUCGAGGAUGCGUGCAGGGAGCUGAUGUCGAGCAAGCUGUUCCUGAAGCUGCUGGAGGCCGUGCUGAAGACCGGGAAUCGGAUGAACGUCGGGACGGCGAGGGGCGGCGCCAUGGCGUUCAAGCUCGACGCGCUGCUCAAGCUCGCCGACGUCAAGGGCACCGAUGGGAAGACCACGCUGCUGCACUUCGUGGUCCAGGAAAUGAUUCGGUCGCAGAAGCCAACGAUGCGCACGGCGGAGGGGACGGACAUCGUCACCGGGCUUGCCGCCGAGCUCACCAACGUCAAGAAGACGGCGACCGUCGACCUGGACGUGCUCACCACCUCAGUGUGCAGCCUGUCGCACGGUCUGUCCCGGAUCAAGGAGCUAGUGGGCAAGGACCUGUCCGGCGACGAGAGGAGCCAGUGCUUCGUCGCCUUCAUGGCACCGUUCGUCGGCCACGCAGAGGAGGUGAUCCGGGAGCUGGAGGACGGCGAGCGCCGGGUCCUGGGGCACGUCAGGGACAUCACCGAGUACUACCACGGCGACGUCGGCAAGGACGAGGCGAGCCCACUCAGGAUCUUCGUCAUUGUCAGGGACUUCUUGACGAUGCUGGAGAGGGUGUGCAAAGAGGUGAGGAGAGCCAGGAGUUUCCAUGGAUCAAAUCCUCCCUGUCUUCCUGAAUAAUGUAUGACCGAUACUGCAAAACGGGAAAAAGAACAACAUUGUAAUUCUUA